AUGGCAAAUGCACUGCUCAAUUUUAGUAUGUUUCAUGGAGUCUUCAUUUAUCAGAAACACCUCGAUGUCGGUCGCACGCAAAUGGAAGUAGACUCCGUACAUGCUUGUAUCGAAAUAAAAUUAAAAAAUAAGGAAAUAAAACUACCAAGUGAUUACGUAUCUACGACCAGAGAAGCACGAAAAAAUCCAUCACCGUACGAGGCUAUUGAGCUGACUUACGACCUUUUUAAAGACUAUACGAAACCUUUGAGAUACAAUAGCAUUAGACCUGGUCAAACAAAAAAUGAUCCAAUGGUCACAGACAUUAAAGUCAUAAAGUAUGAUCCUUUAGGACUAAUCUGGGUGAAACUUGAUUUUACCAAAGAUUGGAUGGACUUAUCUCAUAGACCAAAGAGAACCAUCACAUCCAGUGAACUGUUACCUACCCUUAUUUACAUCAAGGUGUCGCAUUCCUAA